AUGAGUACCUCAAGUGCUCUCGCGGAACGCCACGGCCUCAAGGAUAGCACCAUCAUGUAUAUAUCCUACUAUGUGCCCUCCGUUGUUUGGAUGCGCGAGUACAAGUGGUCCUAUCUUAAGGGCGACUUCAUUGCUGCUCUAACCGUUGCGGGCAUGUAUUUGCCCAUGGCUCUGUCGCUUGCCGAUAACCUGGCCCAUGUACCGGCCAUCAACGGCCUCUAUUCCUUCGUCUUCAAUCCUCUCCUGUACGCCAUCCUAGGCAGCGCACCGCAAAUGGUAGUCGGCCCCGAGGCUGCAGGUUCUUUGCUGGUCGGCACGGUCGUCAAAUCAAGUGUCGACCUUGGUCGGGGUGAGGACGACGAUGCCGUCCUCCAUGCCAAGAUAUGCGGCGUGGUGACCGGCAUGGCUGGUGCUACCGUCUUGCUCGCCGGACUCGCCCGCUUGGGCUUCCUCGAUAGUGUCCUCUCUCGGCCAUUCUUGCGCGGAUUCAUCUCAGCUAUUGGCUUUGUGAUCUUCGUGGACCAGCUAAUUCCGGAGCUAGGACUCAGCUCUCUAGCUUCCAAGACGCCAGGUGUGGGCCAUGGAAGCAGCGUCGACAAGUUGAAGUUCGUCUUCAACAACAUCAGCCACGUCCACCGGCUUACCUUUGCGGUGGCCACGGCCAGUUUUGUCAUCAUUAUGGUCUGCCGAGAGAUCAAACGCCGAUUGCAGCCAAGGUAUCCUGCGGUGGCAUAUGUCCCAGAUCGCUUCAUCGUUGUCGUUCUGUCUGCCAUUCUCGCGUGGUCAUUGGAGUGGGAUCAGAAAGGCGUCGAGAUCCUCGGGUCUGUCAAGGCCGCCUCCGGUCAUGUGCUUACUUUUCGAUGGCCUUUCCAGAUAUCUCACAUGACUCACAUCAGAGAUGCUAUGGGGACCUCCUUUCUUAUCGCCCUACUUGGCUUUUUCGAGUCUUCCGUAGCGGCCAAGAGUCUAGGGGGAGACAAAACCUUCCCUAGCAUUCAGCUUAGCCCUAAUCGUGAGCUCGUCGCAUUGGGUGCGGCCAACUUCGUCGGCGCCUGCUUCAUGAGCCUCCCGGCCUUCGGUGGCUACGGAAGAAGCAAGGUGAACAAGUCCACAGGAGGCAAAACGCCCAUGAGCUCAAUCUUCCUUUCUCUCAUCACAUUGAUCUCCAUCUUCUUCGUGCUGCCAUACUUCUACUACCUUCCGAAACCCGUGUUGUCCUCAUUGAUCAGUGUGGUAGCUUGGUCUUUAAUCGAAGAAGCCCCUCAUGAUAUAACCUUUUUUGCUCGUAUUCGCGCCUGGCCAGAGCUUGCGCUGAUGCUGAUCAUCGUUCUUGCCACGAUCUUCUACUCGCUGAAUCUUGGCAUCGCCAUUGGCAUCGGUCUCUCUCUGCUACUCGUGAUCCGCCACUCAACUCGACCGCGGAUCCAAAUUCUAGGGCGAAUUCCUGGUACUCACCGCUUUGAAAAUGCGGAAGAGCACCCUGAUAGGCUAGAGUUUUUUGAAGGCUGCCUGAUUGUGAAGAUUCCUGAACCCUUGACGUUUGCGAAUACCGGAGAGCUCAAAACUCGACUGCGCCGGUUAGAACUCUACGGCACAAGUCAAGCACACCCAGCAUUGCCCCGAUUGAGAAGAGAAGACUCCAAUCGAAAUGUCAUUUUCGACAUCCACGGUGUGACUUCCAUGGAUGGGUCCGGAACUCAAGUGUUAGAAGAAAUAGUUCGUAGCUACAUUGACAGGGGUGUUCGAGUGUUCUUCAGUCGCGGUCCGAACAAAGAACACCCAGUCUGGACUCUAAUGCAGCGCAGUGGCAUUGUGGAUCUCGUUGGCGGAGAAGACUAUUUCGUUGAUGAUGUACAUGAUGCCCUGAAGCUGACAGAGGCGGAAGAGGGCAGUGAACUCGGUGUUGAUGCCGGUCUAAGAGGGAGGACGAUGCCUAUCCAGGAGUGA